AUGGUUGAGUCGAAAGCAGAGAAGGCGGACGUUGGCCGCGAAGAUGCUGAUUCCCGCAAGGACGAUAUGGAAGUGGACGAAACGGGCGAGGCUCCAGUGAAAGUGUUUACGGUGGAAAUACUGCGUGUCAUUAAGGACAUGCAGCUUCAGCAUGGGCUUCGGCAUGGAGACUACCAACGGUACCGUGGCUAUUGCUCGCGGCGUGUCAAGCGACUCCGCAAGACGCUCAAUCUGCCCCAAGGAGACCGCCGGCACUACAAAAAGCGCAACGUGUCGGCUGCACACCUGGAAAAGCCGGAUUCCGACGAACGGUUCCUGCACAUUCCGCUCAUGCUGGCCGAACGCACGUGGUCGUACGCGAUGCAGCUGAGGCAGGAGUCGAACACCGAACCGCGCAAGCGGUUCCAUUUGAUCGAGAAGCUCCGCAAGUCAUGCUCGUAUGCGUUGCAGCUGCAGGACUUGUGCACUUCGGAUCGCUGUGACGCACGCACGAAGCUGGAGGCUGAAGCAUACUCCGCCUGGAUUCACGGUUCGUUGCAUUUCGAGCUGGCGUUGUGGAAGUCAGCCGCCGAGAACCUGAAGAAAGCGCAGGUAAUCUACGAAAACCUCGCCCAAGCCAUGCCGGAAGAGGAGCAGACCGUUUACCGGGCGAAGGUGGAAGAAUUGAAGCCGAGUCUGCGCUACUGCGCGUACAACGUGGGUGAGAACGCGUCGGUGAACGAUUUGCUGGAGAUGCGUGGCCAGGCGGGACUGCUGGGCGACCUGAGCCAUCUGGUCGCGCAGACGAAGGCGGAAAGCAUGGAAGCGUUCCAGAUGACCGAAUGGCGAGGCCGCAGCGUGACAGUACGCCCAGAGAAGGUCCGGCUGUUCCUGCUCAGCAUCCAGGAGCUGAGCAAGAGCAUCGAAAAGGCGAAAGAUUUCCCGGCCAAAAUCGAGCUGCUGGAGAACGUGCUGCUCGACUGCAAGGACGCGAUCGCUGCCAUUAAGGAGGAGAUCAAACAGGACCCGAAGCUGCGUCAGAACCCGGCCGAGGGCGGUACGGGUGCAUUGAUCGGAAUUCAGUAUCUGUUGGCGUACAUGUCGUACACGCGGUUGAAGCUGACCCUUGAGCGCAAUUUGUUGCUCGUAGGCCAGGCGAAGUUGACACUUGACGACCCAAACGUGGCCGAGAAGAGCCAGCUGGCCGCCGGUGGGGGUAAGAAAACGAAACCCCAGGACCUGUCGCGCUUGUACGAGAUCAUUCUGCAGAACGUGACAGAAAUGCAGCAACUCACUGGCAUGGAAAGCGAUGCAUCGUACCAGUCGGAAAUGGAGACCAUCUCGCUGUCGUUCCGUGCGUUCCGUUGCUAUUACAUCGCGAUCACGCUUGUCGCCAUGAAGCGCUGGCGCGAAGCCGUGGCCAUGUACGAGCGCUCGAAAAAGUACGCCAACGAGGCCGCCAGCGCCAAGGUGGCCAGCAGUGAUUUCGAUCUGCGCCCGGAACUAAAACAGCUCGUCGCCACGAUCGAGGGUUGCAAGUUCUCCGCCCAUGCGUACAGCGUGCUGGAGGACGACAACGCGGACGAUACGGUGCUGUUCGGCAAGAGCCAGAAAUCCUCGAAGCCACUGUACGAGCGGCUUUCCCACUACAAGGAGGACGCGUCGCUGAAUUCGCGCAACCCGAACGUGUUCAAGCUGAUCCCCGAGAUGGAACCGAUUCCAGCCAAACCGUUGUUCUUCGAUUUGGCGCUCAACUUUGUCGAGUUUCCGUCGCUCGAGGACAAGAUAGAGCAGAAGGUCGCCGGCAAGGGUGCGACGGCGGGAAUGUCCGGUUUCGUGAAAGGGCUUUUCGGUUGGGGCGGAGGCGCCGGCAAGUAAUGCAGCCCAGUGAGGGGAAGGUUGCCUUAUUUGUUUUCGUUGGACUUUGUUUUUUUUCCUUUUUUUUAAUUACUCACACCACAAUAGUAUCCUGGCGUGGUUGAAGCGAACUAUCAAUAAAUAACGAUAUCCACGU